UCCACGCCCCUCACAUUGUCCCCAUUACCACUUUGGUCCUUCCCGCAGCAGCGUAAUGAGCCAAGGUUCUCCCGCCGCGAUGGGGUCCGGUUCAGGGACAGCAGAACCGGCCCAUGGGCAGCGCGGGGACUCCUCCAACGCCGCCGCCUCCGCCACCUCCGCCUCCGCCUCCUCGCCGCCACCUCUCCCCCCUGCAGCGCCCCUCCAGCGGCCCCAAGAAGAGCGGGACCGCGAGCAGGCCGGAGGCUCGAGCUCCGCUGCGGCGGGGCUCGACCGGAAGGGCAAGAAUCUCCCAUCCGCACCCGCAGUUCCUUCUUCGGAGUCUUCAUCUUCGAGCUCCGGUGGCAGCAGCCCCGAGGACGCCGACGCCGCGGCCUCCGGAGCCCGGCCGUUCGACAGCACGGCGGUGUUCCAGCAGCUGCUACGGGAGCAGACGGCCAUCAAGGAGGCGGGUGGGUCGUUGGCCGAGGGGACGAGCAAGAAGAAGAAGCCGGAGGCGCAGGUGACAUCGUCGCACGCCAUAGCGGAGCUCUGGCACAAUCUUAUAAAGGCCCAGGCAGAGGCACCCACUGAAGGUUCUGCCCAUCAGGAGCAGAGGGAGAAGAAUACUCAGCAGCAGGCUUCACCUCAACUUCCAGAGGAGCACGCAGGGUGCAAGAAGAGGGAUGAUUGUGACAAGAUCGAAGCAGACCGCAGUGUACCUACAGACCU